GCGGCGACACUCAGUCUCGUUCCUUCCAAUCUCGCGGAGAUAUACGGACAAUUAUCCUGUCAGCGGCUCUUCAAAUACACCUCUCGCCUCGUGUGUCUGUUGCCCGGUAAAUUAGUGAACACUAAAAUCCCCGAAUAAAAAUUCCCCCCCCCCUUAUAAUUUUUUUAAUUAAAAAAAAACUCCCACUCUAAUUACCCACUUUAACUCAUUGAAGUGACGAUGAAAAUUCAUGUUUGAGUGUGUGAAAAAAAAAUUCCGGCAGUUGCUGAAUAAAAAAAGGAGGUGAUGAACAAGUGGUGACAGAUUGCCCGGCAAUAGAGAAUUCAAACUGACGUGCGCCCUGCGGCCCGCCGAGACACACGUCAAUUUCGCUAAUGGACAUUGGACGAAAGUCACCAGUCCCCGGACAGUUUACAAUGUCCCUGUGAAAUCGUGCAGUGUUGAUAGCGCUGGAACGCAAAAAAAAUAUUAAUGCUCCUUCCAUGGGAGAAUGUCUUCAACUCUCGUGCUGAGGGCAUCAUUAAUGAGUAAAAAUUCAUCAGAGAGUGCAGGGCUUUAAUGAGGACACACUGAAAAAUGGGAAAUUUACGGUUGGCAUAUAUCGCUGUGGUGAUCAUUACAGUAAUUACCGGUGUAAGCAGCCUGCGGAAUGUGAUACUGGAAAUGAUACCGGAGGUGGUUGAACGUGGUCACGAAGUAACUCUACGUUGUCAUUACGAACGCGAGAACGAACCACUCUAUUCAGUAAAGUGGUAUCGUGGAAAGCACGAAUUUUAUCGCUACUCACCGUCAGAAACACCGCCUAUUAAAGUAUUCAAUAUAACUGGAAUAACAGUUCAUCGUAAUAAUUCCGAUCACGAGCAGGUGACUGUAAUGAAUGUAGAUUAUGGACUAACGGGGAAUUUUAGCUGCGAAGUGACGGCUGAUGCACCAACAUUCUCCACGGAGGAGAGCAUCAAGAAGCUGAGGGUUGUAUCUCUGCCAAAAGGUAAACCCGUCAUCGCGACCGAACGAAGCCGUUAUGAUCCUGGAGACACGCUCAAAGCAAAUUGCAGUGUUGCACCAUCCAAGCCCCCAGUGGAAUUUGUUUUCAAGCUCAACACUAUUGAGAUUGGUCCCAUAAACGCAAGCCAACAGAUGGAAAAAAGUGAAUACAACAUGGGAAGUAACUCAGCUUACCAAGAAGGAUCUCAAUUACAAUGGGGUGAACUCAGCAUUGAUCUCCUCCCUUUCCAUUACUCAAAUAAUCAAUUAACAAUUCACUGCAUUGCCCGAAUACCCGGCAUCUAUGAGGCCGAGAGUGAGAUUCAGGUGCAAAUUGGAUUGAGGGAGCCUGUGCCCGCCCAAAUCACUUCAGGCAGCAGCGGAGCCAUCUACAGUGCGUACGUCGUCGCAGCACUAUCACUAUGCGCACUCCAUUCCUUUUUAAGAUAGUCAUGAAAUGUUUGAAAUCUCGUGGAAGCCUUGCAGCACGAAAGAGGCCAAAACUAGUCACCAAAUGAGAUAACGAGAGAGAGGCAGUAACACGACAUGAUGAUUUCAAGAUGUGAAUUAUUAGAGAGGAUUUUCAUCCCGUGAAACAAGAGAGAAAAUUCAUAAAAAUGUUUCAGAUAUGAGAGAUGAAGGAUUGUCGGGAUAAUUGUUAAUCGACAUUCAUGUAACUUUUAUAUAGGUUUGAUUAUAGAGUUAAGACGUGAGGCCAUGUACAAGAGUUUUAUAGAAAAAACAAAUCCUAUUCUUUAUUUUUUGCUUCGUUAAGGUACCAUCGCCAUUGAUUAUCCUCAUUAAUUUAUCUGAGCUUAAUGGCGUUAUGAAGACUGUUUUCUUUAUCGCAAUUGUUAACAGAGAAUGUCAAAAUUACACGAUAGAAACUUGCUGGAUGAAGUAUUGAAACUAUUCCUAGGGAAUUUGAUCGAUAAAGUACUGAUGAGGUUGUUGUCCGUCAAUAGAAUGUCACAGUCUUGGCUAGAACUAUAGCCAAGAAUUUGAUGUUGGGCAAUAUUACAGGGCCAUCCAUUGAAAAAUACGGAAUAGAUCGAUAUCCUUUCAACUUUGAUAUUAUGUUAGAGGAUGAAUGAAGCUUGAUCAGUCCUCAAAUAUGUUCACCAAAAUGUGUUUCGCCCGAGGAGUUGUUCAAAUUCGUUAUCAUAAUGAUGAAAAAUCCUAUUGAAAUCAAAAUGAAGUUUACAAAGUUUAGAUGAAGGACCCAAAAAUCAAUUAAGUUUCAAACAUGAUAAAAUGAAUCUAUUCAUCACGAGAAAUGUCAGCACAUCCAUCUGAAGGAUCUCAAAUGAUUACGAAUGUGAACAUCCCCUCGGUUUCUUUAUUGAAGAGUGUCAAGAAAUUACCAAAUUCAAUUAAACUGAAAUGCCAAUUACAAUACUCAAAGUUGAAUAAUAAACUAACAUUAUUUCGGAAGCAUUCUCGGAUAAUACCAACCGCUGUGUACUCCUCCAGAGAUAAUUUUACGUGAAACCAAAAAGCCGAAAUUUUUUAACCCAAUCCCACUACGAAAAAUGAAAAAAAAAACCGAUGAUCCAAUUAAAAUGGGUGAAAAACCUUAUCGAGCGAAUGUGAACCACUGAGUCUUCGCGGCACGUGUGUUCAAUUUUUCCAGUGAAUCAGAAAACGUAAUAAUAGUUCAGCAUCUGUUUGGCAAUUUUGUCUAAAAGUGAGGAGCAUGUAAAGGAAAAAAGAAAAAAGUCCAACUUUCCUUCAAAUUGAAACCACUCAACGCCCCAUUCACGUUCUUUUCCCCCCCUCGGAGUAUUUGCACGUAUUUGCGUUGUUCGAGAAUGCGGAACGCUGCCAGAGAUUCAAAGGGGGAUAAAGACGCGCAAGGGAGUUACAAACACACGUACGUAAAAGAAGUAACGUAUAGGCACUGAGAGACUCAUCUCGUGGUGAUUCAAAAAUAUCUCUUCGACAUGUAUUUCUUGUUUCGAUGAGCAACGCAUAUAUAUUAGAACAUUUUUAAGCUGAUAAAGGUAAAAAACAAGAUGAACCGAAGAAAACGACUUCUGUUAUGGUCGAUAUUUAUU